GCGGGGCUUGCGGCGCGACCUGCCUGCUCUGCGCUGAUAGAGCUGGAGCCUGGCGGUGCCAGCUGACGUGAGAGGAUCUGUCUCAGAGCGGAGCGGGACCCGCAGCUGGAGGUUCCGUUAGAGUUCUGAGGACCGGCUCGGUUUUGCGGUUUGUUCUUCAGCCUGCUGGUGAGUACAGCGCACGCGCUCCGUGGAUCGAUCUGGUGUUGAUGAGGAUGACCCUUUCAAAAUAAAAGUCUGAGGGUCUUUGAACCUCCAGCUUCAGAGCGUCUGAAACUUGAACUCUGGAACAAACUGAUGCUGAGAUAGGCCCCGCCCACUACCUUCAUUUCUCUGACCUCCUGGUAUUUUGGGGGUGUCUCUUCUGACCCCAGGAGCUCCUCCCACUGUGUCACCAUUAGUGGUGCUGGUGGAUCUCAAAGAUGCUGCUCUCUGCCGGCGGCGAACGACCUAAAGAUGAAGAAGAGGAGGAGACAACCGCUCUUCCUCUCAAGGACUCCGACCAAUCAGAGGCCUCCGUUCCUCCCCAAGGUCACGAUGUCAGCUCAGACUCCGGGGAUGAAAUGGGCAUCAACCUCUCGGAGUUAAACAGCGAGAUAUUACCAUGGCAACGCAGCCAGGAGGAGGAGCACGAUGAGGAGGAGAUAGAGGCGGUGGCGGCGUCGCCUGACGGACGCUUCCUGAAGUUCAACAUCGAGAUCGGCCGAGGCUCCUUCAAGACCGUCUACAAGGGACUGGACACCGAGACCACGGUGGAGGUGGCCUGGUGCGAGCUGCAGACCCACCGGCUGAGCAGAGCCGAGCGUCAGCGUUUCAGCGAGGAGGUGGAGAUGCUGAAAGGGCUGCAGCACCCCAACAUCGUCCGCUUCUUCGACUCCUGGAAGUCCUCGCUGAAGGGCCACAAGUGCACCAUCCUGGUGACGGAGCUCAUGACGUCCGGAACCCUGAAGAUGUACUUGCGGCGGUUCCGUCCGAUGAAGCUGAAGCUGCUGCAGCGCUGGAGCCUGCAGGUCCUGCGGGGGCUUCACUUCCUGCACUCACGAUCCCCCCCCAUCAUACACCGCGACCUCAAAUGCGACAACAUCUUCAUCACCGGCCCCACCGCCUCCGUCAAGAUCGGAGAUCUGGGCCUGGCAACGCUGAAGAAGGCCUCGUUCGCCAAGAGUGUAAUCGGAACCCCAGAGUUCAUGGCUCCAGAGAUGUAUGAGGAGAAGUACGACGAGGCCGUGGACGUCUAUGCCUUCGGCAUGUGCAUGCUGGAGAUGGCCACCUCCGAGUAUCCGUACUACGAAUGCCACAACGCUGCCCAGAUCUACCGCAAGGUCACCAAAGGGAUCAAACCGGACAGCUUCUUCAAAGUGGAAGUCCCAGAGCUGAAAGAGAUCAUCGAGGGCUGCAUUCGGACCCGGAGCAGUGAAAGGUUCAGCGUCCAGGAGCUGCUGGAGCAUCGCUUCUUCCAGGAGGAGACCGGCGUCCAUGUGGAGCUGGCGGAGGAGGACGAUGGCUCCAAGGCGGCGCUGAAGUUUUGGCUCCGGAUGGACGACAAAGAGAAGCUCCGGGGGAAGUACAAAGACAACGACGCCAUCGAGUUCUUGUUCGAGCUCUACAAGGACGUUCCAGAGGAGGUCGCCCAAGAGAUGGUCAUUCUGGGAUUUGUGUACAAAGCAGACUACAAGGUGAUCGCCAAAGCCAUUCGGGAUCGUGUGACCGCCAUAAAGCGCCAGCGGGACAGACAGCGCUUCCUGCUGGAGGAGGGAGGUAACAGUCAGAGGGAAACUGCCAAUGAGGAAGCUCUUCAACAAGCUGAGCCGUCCAAUCAGACGCCUCCAGUUUCUACAGAGCUCUCCACUGACAGGGGAGCGGCCAAUCAGGACUUGGCAGCAUCGACACAAGCCCCGCCCCUGACCACAGUCCCACCGAGCAGCAGCCCGGUGGAUUCUGGGAUCAGCACCAUCUCCAGCAGAGCAGAGGGGGACACCGAUGAGGACGAGGACACCACGAGCAGUCUGGCCCCCAACCCCCCGGCUGUCGUACCUCAGGAAGCCCUACAGGAGGUUUCUUCUGCUGGCACCCGGACAACUUCUAAAGCUCCACCCUUUCCUGUGCUGCGCUUCCCUAAAAGCAUUGCUGUGUCCCAGGUGGCAGUGAAGCCCCCCCCUGAGUCGUCCUGUGGUUUCUCCUCACCUGUCGACAGCUGCUCGUCUGACUUCACCUCCGGCCUGAGUGAUGGCAACGAGGGCCAAUCGGAAAAGAGCAGGCAGGAGGCGACAAUGAGAGAAGCCACCAAACAGUUUAGGAGGAGAGCCAGAGCUCGUCUGCGAAUCAUCGGGGUUUCUGACAAGGUGGACCGGGUGGUGGAGUGUCAGCUACAGACCCACAACAAUAAGAUGGUGACAUUUAAGUUUGACCUGGACGGAGACAAUCCAGAGGACAUCGCAUCUGUGAUGAUUCACAGAGAUUUCAUCUUACCGUUUGAGCGAGAAGGGUUCAUCCUCCGCAUGUAUGACAUCAUCCAGAGGGCGGAGUCUAUGAUGCAUCAGCAUCAUCCCGCAGUCCUGGACCAGCCUUCUCACCUGAUGACCUCUGCUCCGCAGACAAAGUCAGCUGCAACAAACCUGCCCCGGACUUUGUCUUCCUCAUCCUUACCUGACAUCGAUGAAAGCGAGACGACCCCCUCUAAGGCCAUCGACUUUAGCAUUGACCCGGACGCUGUUCCCGCCGUGAGGCCGCUGAGGUCGCAGUCCUUCCAGCCUUCAUCAGCGUCACAGUUCCGUCCCCCCCCUGGUUGGAGCAGCUCCGUCCUCUCAGGGUUCAGAGAUCUUCCGUCUUCCUCGCCGGGCCAGCGUCACCAAUCACAGAGGAGAGUUCUCUGACUCCUCCUCCUCAGCAUCCCCUCCACCCCCAUCAGCAUCAUACUCCAAAGUGUCCCCCCCAGUGUCCCCACCGCGCUCAAUCUCGCCCAUGUUGAAAGCGGAGAAACCCGCCUUCACUGUGGGACGCUUCCAGGUGACGCCCUCCUCGCCCGCUUCCGCCCUCAGCCCUCAUCAGCCACACCCUUUUAGUCAAGCCGUACCCAACGCUCACUCCCCCCCUCCCACUCAGAAGAACCAAUCAGAGAGCAGCUCAGGAAGCAGUUCAGAAGAAGACAGCCAAUCAGAAAGCAGCAACCACACAGUCAUCAGUUCGACCCAUGGUUACCAUGACAACCCCACGAGUCUAGACGGGAGACGGAUGAGCAGCCUGAAGCUGGGAGUAACCAUGUGGGAGGGGCCAGCCAACAGCCAAUCACGAAGCCGUUCCGCCACCUACAGCUCUGAUGAAUCUGAGGGCGAAGAGAUGUGGGAGGAGCUACUGGAGCUUCGUGAAAGACACCUGGUGGAGGUCCAGAAUCUGCAGAUGAGUCAAAAGCAGGAAAUGGAGGAGCUGUACCGACGUAAAGGUAAAGCUCCGCCUCCAGGGAUCGUCCCUCCAGCUGCCAUGUUGAACCACCGCCAGCGCCGCCUCUCCAAAUCCGGAAACUUCCCUCCGCCGCGCCGCAGCAGCCUCCAAAGACUGGAUCUGCUGCCCCCUACAGGUAUCAUGAGGAAAAGCUCGGUCAGCGGCAGCAGCAGCGGAUCCCAGGACAGAAUCCUGAAAGGAGUUACCUUCGCUCCGGGACACAGCUGCAUGUGACCGGAGGUCCUGAGGAGAAGAUGAUUCUCCGUUCAGAUGAAGGUCAUGACCUGAGAGCGGCGUCUCUGUGACAACUUCCUGUCAGGAACUUCUGUGAAGCGGCAGAACGUGGAAACCAGACUCUGAUCAAAUCUGCGGCUCGGCCUUUGAUGACGUCCUCCUGUGACGGUGGCGCCACCCUCAGGCUGCAAGUGGAGGCGUGGUCUGAGCCAGCAGAGUGUAGGCGCCGCAGACAACAGAUGUUAAGCGGCUCCACGUCAGAAGAGAAGCUGAGAUGAGCGACUUUCACUCGGGGCUCCACACUGGCGUGGGGGCGGGGCAAAAGGAGGAGCGUCCGGCUCCUCUGAGCUGAUGCUGAGGAGGAUGAAGGCUCCUGAGGGACGACCAGAACCGGUCCCCGAGUCCUGGAUGUUUGUUUUCAAAACAAUCGUGUCACUGCGAGAUUCUUCCCGACGUUCCAGAGGGAUGUUGAUGAUAGAAGCAGUGGUCACUAUGGAAACCAUCACAAGAAACUCCUCCUCUCUUCUGCUGAAGGGGGGGGGGGUCUCCCUUCACGGACUUUGAUGUCAGGACUUCAAACUAUCAUAGAACCCAUCCUGGUUUCCAAGCGGAUCCUUCAGAACCCAGAACCAGUUUCAUGUUCACAUGGGGUGCAGCAGAACUCUUCUGGGGUCAGAUUUCCUUAAAGAACCAGUUCCCCUCUGAGGUGGUUCCACAGUGAUCCAGAUUCUGAAUUUCCUCAGAACUUGAAGACGUUCAUUUCCAGGUUUGUUCUGUUAAAAUAUGAACUAUUAUUUAUUUCAAAAAGACGUUUGGUUUCUUCAAGAAUUUCACCGUUUUCUAGUUUACUGUUGGAAGUCAGAAAAUAAAAGUUUCAUGAAAGUUUCAUCGCUCUGUCCGUCUGAAGCUGAGACUCCAGUGAAGCACCUGAUGGACGGAGGUCUGCAAACGCACAACCACACACAGAUUCCCUCAUGCUGGUUGGGUCACCAGUGACUGCUGGAGGUUCUGUGGGCGGGAAACUGCAGACGUGCAGCUGGACGCCUCAUCCGGGCGCUGCAGGAAGCGGCGAGGAAGUUUGGCGUCCAGCAGCUUGAUCAUGACCACAGAGGCAGCAGAGCUUCAGAACAAUAUAGACUUUAUUAGUUCACUAAAGUGGAAAUAAAGACUGGCUUCCAAUGAUUCACAAUGCAACAAUCCAGCAUCUGGUUCAUGUACACAGGAAGUGCAUUCUCCCUACAGCUGCAGCAUCUCUCCAAAAUAAAAGCCCACACAGCGCAGCUCCAGUUCCCAAUGAUCCGGAAAGGUCUCAGAGCGCGGCGCCCGGCCAGAGGA